AUGGCAGGGGGUUAUUUCGAUCUCCCCAUCGCGUCCUCCAGGCGUUGCAGCCCGGGGGAUGCACCGCAAGACCGGCGAUCUCCAUUGGAGCCGUACACGCCCCCCCUGUCCACGCCCAGUGAACUCCCCAACGACCAAACAACCCCUACCGCGGGUGCGCAUGCUGCCAAGCCCCGGGCUCCAGGCAUCCUGAAAUCCGCAAACCGUGUCAAGUUCAAUGUGAGCGGGUCGGAGGCGGCCGACCAUCCAUAUGCGAUCCUGCCGGACGCUCAGACGCCCACCCAGGACAUGCCCCAGAAGCCGGUGCCCGCUGCGCGAGCCGCCUCGUCCGAGAAGGACCACCGGUAUCCCUUGGUGGACACGAGCGUCGACGCGCCAGGCCCCGCCCCGGGCAUCACCGUCGGCCCCCCGCGAACCAGCCCGCCCGCCAUUGUCUGGGAGGAUGAAGCCCACCCGGACAAGGGCCGGGCGAUCCAGUACGCCCGCGAGCGGGCUCAGAGGCUCGCGUCGCUGCUGAGCCGUCCCACGUCCGGGAACUCCGGCCUGAGUCCCCGAUACAGCCUGCCGUCCUCGGUGGCCUCGACUCCCUCCGGGCCUCCCUCGGACUACGGCGAGGACAUCCCCAUGAUCAGCCUCCCGGAGAAGCAGGGCUUGCAUGCCACCGUCGACGAAGAGGACGAUGAUGAAGACGAAGAGGACGCGACGGGCCCCCGACGCUCCCGCACCUCCGAGGCCCACCGCCUCGUGCGCCAGAUGGCCCGCCGAGAUCCAGGGCUUUUGACUCGGGUCCGUGCCCGUUCGCCCUCGCUGCGGUCGGGCCAGGUCACUCCGAUGGGGGAGGCCGACCCCGACACGUAUGUGGAACCGCCAACGCAUUACCGGGGUGGCAUCCUGUCGUCCCUGCUCAAGCUGUACGAUCAGCCCUCCCACAGCGCCUAUGACCGUGGCCGUCGGAUGCACUCCCGGCAGUCGAGCUCGGGGGAUGUCAGCAGCCGGGGGUUGUCGCCCGACCCGGGCUGGAAACCCCAGCGGCCACGGAAAUGGUAUGACAAGUCUCCCCGCCAGUCCACCGCGUCGCUGGUCUCGACGGCCAAGCAUUCGCCCGUCCCCACGCUCAAACAUUCCCGGAGCAACAGUUCCAUCGGAAGGCGCCUGGGGCGGCCCAAGCUGGAGGAUGAGAUCCGCAUCACCGUCCACAUCGCCGAGAUCCUGUCACGCCAGAAGUACCUUCUGCGCCUCUGCCGGGCCCUGAUCCGAGUCGGUGCCCCGACGCAUCGUCUCGAGGAGUACAUGACCAUGACCGCUCGGGUGCUGGAGAUCGAUAUGCAGUGUCUCUAUAUCCCCGGUUGUAUGAUCGUCUCCUUCGGCGAUGCAUCCACCCACACCACCGAGAUGAACCUGGUCCGGUCCAUCCAGGGCUGUGACCUAGGCAAGAUGGCGGAUGUCCACGAGAUUUACAAGGAGGUCAUCCACGAUGUGAUUGGUGUCGAGGAGGCCAUCCAGCGUUUGGAGGAGGUCAUGAAGCGGAAGAAGCGGUUCAGCACCUGGAUCCAGAUCUUGAUGCAUGGCUUCGCCUGCGCGAUGGUCGGGCCCUUUGCAUUCCAGGCACGACCCAUCGACAUGCCCAUUGCCUUCCUGCUGGGGUGCCUGGUGGGGGCGCUCCAGCUCGUCUUGUCCCCGCGUUCCAACAUCUACUCGAACAUCUUUGAAAUCUCGGCGGCGGUCCUGACCUCCUUCCUGGCCCGGGCAUUCGGCAGCAUCACCUACGGAGGAACACAUCUCUUCUGUUUCUCAUCCCUGGCCCAGUCCUCGAUUGCCCUCAUCCUGCCCGGCUAUACCAUGCUGUGUGCCAGUCUGGAACUCCAGUCACGCAAUAUUGUCGCUGGCUCGGUCCGUCUGGUGUACGCAAUCAUCUAUUCCCUUUUCCUUGGAUUCGGUAUCACCAUCGGGACCGCCCUCUAUGGACUGAUAGACCCCACGGCUACCACUGACUACACCUGCCCCAACGUAAUCCCGAACGAAUAUGUUCGGCAUUUCCCGUUCGUCGUUGCCUUCACCUUCUGUCUGUGCGUCAUCAACCAGGCCAAAUGGAAACAAAUGCCUGCGAUGCUCACCAUCUCCAUGGCGGGAUACGUCGUCAACUAUUUCAGCUCGAAACGCUUCUCCACCUACGCUCAAAUCUCCCUCCCGGGCGCCAUGGGAGCCUUCAUCAUCGGCGUGCUCGGGAACCUCUACAGCCGGUUACGACACGGGGUCGCGGCCGCCGCGAUGCUUCCCGCCAUCUUUGUCCUUGUCCCCUCCGGCCUGGCCGCGAGCGGCUCCCUGGUGGCGGGAAUUGCAUCCGCGGAAGAGCUGACCAAAGACCACAACCCUUAUACCAUCGUCACGAACGGCACCCAAGGCUUCAUGGAUGCCGCGAUGAACAUGACCAAGGAACAACAUUCUACCGUUGUCUUGGAUAUCGGAUACGGUAUGGUCCAGAUCGCUAUAGCGUUCACCGUGGGUCUGUUCCUGGCUGCCAUGGUGGUGUAUCCGUUUGGAAAGAAACGAAGCGGGCUCUUCAGUUUCUAG